AUGGUACAAAGAGGAACGCGCAUAGGGCCGCUGCCUGGGGAUCGCCGGGGCGCGUCUGGAGCUGGCGCUGGACGCGACAGCAUGCGGGCCGCUAGCCGAGCGCGAGGAGCUGUACGAUCACCUAGCAGCCCUCCGCAUCCAUCAUCUCCACCAAAAGGCUUGGUGUCGGCUGGGUUUUCUCGGACUCAGCAAGCAGCACCCGCCGCUGGUGGAGCACGUCGCAUGCGUUGGUCACAAACAAUGAACGAAAACGCACUGCGGGCGUACUUUAGUGCAAAAGGGGAAGAAGCCGGAUGUUUGGCAUAUCGGGCUCGGAUGCAUCGCUUUUUUGCAGAGCUGGAGCCAUCUCUAUCCGUCACUGAGCAAAACCUGGCAGACCGAGUUCGGUACAUCCUGCGCUCUAACAUAUUUGGUGACGCCGAACUCGAACGACUACGAUGUGAGGCUGUUCCCUCAUCGGAUGGAAAUGCUACGGUUGGGAAUGCGGCCCCACUAAUUGCGCAGCAAACUGCAAAUGUGGACGCUGAUGAUGGAAUAGUUCCCCACGAACUAGAGAAAAUGAGGAGCAUAUUGGAAGAGUCGAUGCUGGAAACGCGCAGCAUGCCUCUCGAAAAUUGA